AUGGAACAGACCAACGACGGUGACGUGGUGUGUGGAGAACCUGCAGACGAAAUCGUUUGUGAGACAGCACACUACGAUACGGAAGACGGUGUUCCGGUGGCGAUCGAAACGACAGAGGUGGGCACCACCGACGGGGAUGCGGAACCGGUCUCACAAGGGGAAGCAGACAAACCACCUGAUAAUGGGGAUGGCGAUGAACCGGACCACUUUGAACCGAUACUGCCUCCGGUGGACGAGAAGGGUGAAAGUCAAGAAUCCGGAGCGAGCGAAAAGUAUGAUUCGGCCGUAGAGGAAAUGGAAACGGAUCCACGGGAAACCAAUGGGGGCCAAGAUGCGCCACCGCCGAACAACCGCCUGGCAGAAGAAACGACGAGGGAAGAAGAAUCGGGUCCACGUCCGGGUCCGGGUCCGGUGGAGAUCGAAGACAAUGUCGGAGCGGACGACACUGUCCUCAAUGCGUCCCACUUGCAGGACAUCGAAAUGAAGGACGUAGACGAAAGCCAGCUUAAGCUGGAAGAUACCACGGAUGGCGAACAGUCCUUCGACCAGGCCGGUGUUAGGGAUCCGUUCGAUCAGAUUCGACAAGAGCGAUCACCGAGUAACGGCGAAGCAGAACAAGCGAUCGUUGAUCGUGAAAAGAACGGACAAGGCAAGGGACAAACGGAAGACGAUGGCGACAAGGAACGGGGUGACGCAAAUGUAGCCGCAGCUGGUGAUGGUGGACCACCAGAAGGGGACGCGAAUGUUACCGGCGAGGCUAGGGGAAAGGAAUCUCCGGAGGAGUCGGGUGGCCCCGGCGGUGGCGGAGGCGCCGGUGAACAGUUGGGUGAUUUUUCGGCCGGCGUAGACGAUUUGACGGGCGGUGAGAACGAAAAUAUAUGCCUUCUGCCCGACGACGAGCGUAUCGUGUCGGAGGAAGACAAACAGCGUGCCAUCACCGAGGAUGAGGCCGAGGACGAAUCCUCGAUGGGCAAGGAAGCGGAACAAGCGGUUGUAGCGCUAGACGAAACUGAUCCAACCGCAGUGGACAGCAGCGCGAACGACGAAACAGUCCGGCCGGAGCCGAUCGACGGACCGGAGCACCCGGUGUCCGAGCGGGAUGAUGAGGUACCGUCGAACGAUUCGGUCACCGAGUCUACGGGGGAUGACGCGUCGCCGCGCGAGAACCGAAUCCGUGAGCUGCCCGUGGCGGCCGAGUCAGAAGUCUGUGUCCACUGCAAGACCCAGAAGGUCUGUGUUUACGCCUGCGUGAUGACGACCAACGAAGGGCCGCCGGAGCCUACGGAGCAGUUUGUUUGCUCGUUUGACUGCGUGCAAAGCUUGCGCAACGAGUUCCCGGGGCGCUUCGAGCUGGUGCAGAAGCGCGUGGCCAUCGUGCCCAUCUUCGAUUUCAGUGCCAAGUGUGAACGGUGCUCGCAGGAGAAGGUGUGCAAGUUUCGCUACCGAUCGCAGGCCGAUCCUUCGCCGGAGUGGCGGUAUCUGUGCGACACCAAGUGUGUCGAGUAUCUGACCACGAUCAAUGGCCAAAAGUACAGCGUGGUGCGGAAGAAGUACACGAUCGAGGAGCGGUUACCGCCGUACCCGGAUGGGCGCCGGUGCAUCCAGUGCGGUGACCGGAAACCGUGCCAGUUCGGGUUCAUGCAGGACGAGGACGAGCUGAGCGUGUGCAACGAUUGCCUCAAUCUGCUCAUGACCGAGCACCCGGAUCUGUAUCGGCUGAAGCGGUGCGCGGUGCGCAUCCGCGCGAUGCCGAAGGCGGGCGCCACGAACGAGCAGCGGUCCGGGGCGCUCAUCAAGUUUACCGCCCGCACCGAGGAGGAAGCCGAAGCGGCCCGCCUGAACCGCGACGCGUCGUUCGUCCGCCGGUGCUUCCACUGCCAGCUGGAGAUGUCGCUCGACUCGGCCGAGCGGCUGCAGUGGGAAACGAUGGACUUUUGCAACGCAAAGUGUCUGGCCCAGUACCAGAACACGAACGGGUCGCAGUGCACCCAGUGCCGUGGGGCCGUGUCCGUGGCCAGCCUCGGCAAGUACUGUGUGCGCUUCGGGUUCGACGUGUGCCAGUUCUGCUGUGCCGCGUGCUUGGACGUGUUCAAGAAGGGCCUCAAACCGUGCUCCUACUGUCAGGCCAAUGUGGCCGAUGGCACCGGCAGCUCCUACAUUGUGACGCGCGUCGGAGAUAAGGGCAUCUUUCGUGACUUUUGCAGUGCGGCCUGCCACAACCUGUACCGCACGUCGAUCGAUCCGGCGCUCAAGCUGCAGGUGCGCGUGUGCUCGGUGUGCAACUAUCAGAAGCAGGCGAGCGUCAUCGUCCGGCUGGACGGCCGGGAGCACUACUUCUGCACCAUGCCCUGCUUUUCCGCGUUCAAGUUCGUCAACAACGUCAACCCGGACGGGUGCGCCAUGUGCAAGGACUAUUUCGAGCGCACCGUCUCCACGGCGCGCACGAUCUUCUCGCUGGACGGUGCGUCGGAGCCGCUGGCGUUUUGCUGCAAGAUGUGCUUCAAUCUGCACAUCAUCAAGAACCGACGGAUCGUGUCGUGUUCCUGGUGCAAGGUGAAGAAGUACAACUUCGACAUGCUGCAGCGGCCCGGCCUCCCGGCAAUGCUCUGUUCGCUCAACUGUCUCUCCCUGUACGACGUGUCCAUGAAUGCGAUAGCCAAAAAGGAAACACGCUGUGACCACUGUCUGGUGGUGAAAGCACCCCAGUACCACCUGACGAUGAGCGACACGAGUUUGCGCAACUUUUGCACCUACCAGUGCGUCAUGUCGUUUCAGAGUCAAUUCAACAAAAGGCCACUAGUGCUCGGCGCGGGACAGGACAGCACGUCCCAGGCGAAUCCCGUCCCAACCGGGCUGCCGAAGCGCGUUCGCAAGCCGACUGUUCCGGCUCCGGUGGCCCAGCCAGCGGGAGGCACUCCUCUUCCGGCACAGCAGCAAAAACAGGCGCAGCCGCAGCCGCAGCAGCAGCAAGUCCGAAACCAACCGGAGCAGCAGCAAUACCGGGCAAAUUCAGUGAGGCGUCCUACGAGAGCGGCCGCCGCCGCGAAUUCCAAUCUGCCCGUCAUCUCUUCGGUUCACUCGCUAGCGGUUGCCAGUGGCCGUGGUACACGCUCGAAGGCGGCCAAUCAGGGACCGGCAACCGUGUGUCACAACGAUUGGCCGCGCGUGGCACUGGAACCGCUCACCAAUCUGCCACCGUCGGGACGUCCGUUGGUUAGCAACUUUCUGUCGAGUACUCCGACUACCUCGGCGGAUCCAUCUCCGCUGGCCGUGGCCGUAUCGGCCACGUCGACGUCGACACCGUCGGCAGUAGCAGCCACACAGCCACCAGCGGCCACUCGAACGGUGGAAACGCACACACAGAUCGUAACGAUUCCACCGACCCCGGUUCAGGUGGGCAAUGUGGCCACCAUGUGCGCGCCAAUCCAGUCGUCGAAGGCGGUAAACUGCCGUCCGGUGCAGUGCAGUGUCGAUAGCCAGACGGAUGGGUGGUUGCAGCGCAAGAUCGUCAUCCCGAUCCCGGUGCCGAUCUAUGUGCCGGUGCCGAUGUUCAUGUACUCGAUGCCCACCCCGGUCCCGGUGCCGAUUCCACUGCCCAUCCCGGUGCCAGUCUUUAUUCCGACCACUCGCAACUCGGCCAACGGCAUCCUGAAGGAGAUCCGGAAGAUUCAGGACAAAAUGCCCGCCGAUCCGUACGAGGCCGAGCUGCUGAUGAUGGCCGAGAUGGUGGCGGGCGACAAGAAGAAGGACGACACGGACUCGGAAUCGGACGAUGGUGCUGACGUUGGGGAGGCGGCGGCGGUGGUCGGGGAUGUGCAAACGUCGCCAUUCGUUGGCGCCAUCGAAAACAAUGCUUCGUUCAGCGAGGACCUGGUCCAGAUGGCGCUCAAGAUGGCCUCGAAUGACUUCGUGGACCCAGCGGAAGAUCUCGAGUCGGCCAUGCAUGCGACCACGAUCUCGCAGCAGCAGCAGGAGCAGCAGCUGCAACAGCAGCAGCAGCAGCAGCAACAGCAGCACCAUGCUUACGUGGACGGCUCUCACCUGCAACACCAGCAGCUGCUCCAGAUCCAGGACCAACGCCAGCCCAUGGUGCCAACGCUCGUCCAGCGCGGGCGCAAGCGAACCGCUUCCGCAGUCCCGGCGCGGCAGGCAGCGGCCAACAACAACAGCAUCCAGCCGCAGCAGCAGAUGGCCGAUGGAACCAAGCGUAUCAAGCGCGAGCAGCUGAAACAAGAACCGUCGCCGGAACCGGCAAUGGCCGUGGUGCCACCGGCGGAGAAGCCGGACGCCAACAUGUGUCUCAAGUACACGUUCGGGGUGAACGCAUGGAAGCAGUGGGUGCUGACGAAGAACGCCGACCUCGAGAAGAGCUCCAUCCGGCGGAAGCUGUUCAAAUCCGACAUCCUGCAGCUGACGGCCGACGAGCUCAACUACUCGCUGUGCCUGUUCGUGAAGGAGGUCCGCAAACCGAACGGCACCGAGUACGCUCCGGACACGAUCUACUACCUAGUCCUGGGAAUUCAACAAUAUUUGUUCGAAAAGGGCCGCGUGGAGAACAUAUUCACCGAUCCGUACUAUGAGCGGUUUACCGAUUGUUUGGACGAGGUGGCCAAAAAGUUCUCCGUCCUCUACAACGACUCGCAGUUUAUCGUGACGCGCGUGGAAGAGGAACACCUGUGGGAGUGCAAACAGCUGGGUGCCCAUUCGCCGCACGUGCUGCUCAGUACGCUGAUGUUUUUCAACACCAAACACUUCAACUUGGUGUCCGUGGAGGAGCACAUGGAGCUCAGCUUUUCGCAUAUCAUGAAGCACUGGAAGCGAAACCCGAAUCAGGCUGGCCAGGGUGCGAAAUCGCAAGCCCCGCGGAACGUGAUGCUACGCUUCUAUCCACCGCAGUCGUCACUUGCAGCCAAUACACGCAAGAAGAAGGUUUACGAGCAGCAGGAGAAUGAGGACAAUCCGCUCCGGUGCCCGGUGAAGCUGUACGAGUUUUAUCUCUCCAAGUGCCCGGAAAGCGUCAAGACGCGCAACGAUGUAUUCUACCUGCAACCGGAGCGUUCCUGCGUGCCCGACUCACCCGUUUGGUACUCGACGCAAGCGCUCAGCAAGGAGUCGCUCUGCAAAAUGCUGCACCGGGUGAAGAUGGUGAAAGAGAUCAACAUCGCGCUGCUGACCAGCUAAUGACCUAAACUCUAGAGAGAGAGAGAGAGAGAGAGAGAGAAAGCAACCGCCUUGUGCCAGUUCGUGCGAGGAUCCUCGUUUUUUCGCCGUAAUCAUACACGCGCACAAUCGGUCGGUCGGUCGGUGUUUCAUCCAAUGAAAUCCGGCCAGCAAUGGUCACCAAUCCAGGUCUUCUCAUAGCUGUAUUCACCCGCAACGGCCUCUCGGGGGCCGCCGGCAGUGACAUUUCGUUUGAUACUAUCAUCAUGAUCCCUGUAAAAUAAACAGUAGAGCCAACUCGGGCAGAUGGGUUCCGGGAUUCCGUUUCCGCAUUACGGGAAUUUUUUUAUUAAAGUGAAUUAAGACAGAGAAAGGGAGCAAUAGAAAGUUUUGUACAUAUGCUAUGGCGCGUAUUUUAAGCUUUUUGCCGGAGGUCACGUCGGAAAGAGAGAGAGAGAGGGGGAAUUCGUCUUCAUGAACCCUGUUUAGAGCAUAUGGUGAAAUAAACCAGAAUUAGUUUCUAAAAUGUGUGCGUCUGGUGUGUGGAUUAACUUUAUUGCUCGGCGUGGCGCGGAUGCGACAGAACUACGCCAGUUUGGUCGGUUUCACGAAGAUGCGCUUGCGUUUCAUCUUCUUCUGUGCCAGCUCCUGCGAGUGAAGCGUGGAGUAGAUUUCGGUAAAGAUUUCCUUCUGUUCCUCCUCCGGUAUCGAGCGGCGAUACUCUUUCAUCAGGUCGUACUUUUCCCACGGAGUCGCUAGCCGGGCCGCGUUCACCCGACGCCGCUCGUUCGUGUGUUCC